AUGCCUUGGACUUUUGCCGCGCACGGCAGGUUCAAGUUUGCGGCCGCGAACGGGAGACAGGCUCGGUUCCAAAGUUCAGCUUCUACUGCUAUCGCCGACGACCCCGAGUCCCAAAUAUCUCCGGUUCUACUUGAACGCGCGCGAGCCAUUGCGACCGAACACCAGCAGCUCGCGGCGGCCAACGCGAAUAACUACGAUGUCACGACUGCGAAGAGGAUAGGAGAGUUGAGUUCGGUGGCUAAGGCGUUGAAAGAGUGGGAGGAUGCACAGAAUUCCCUCUCCGAACUCCAGUCCCUUCUCGACGACCCAUCCUCGGACGCCGAAAUCCUUAGCCUAGCCCGCUCCGACAUUGAAAGCACACUUUCCCAACUCCCCUCUCUCACGGCGGCACUCAAAAAAUCCCUUAUCCCACCACACCCAUUCGCGAACUUGGGAUGCAUGAUAGAAAUCCACCCCGGGGCCGGCGGCAGCGAAGCCUCACUCUUCGCACACACCCUUCUCGAAAUGUACAGAGGCAUGUGCGCGCGGAAGAAAUGGCCCACCCAGUUGACAUCAUAUACACCCGACGACUCUGUCUCCGACAAAGCUUUGACCGAAGCACUUCUCGAAGUCGAGCAGCCAGGAAGCUACGAGAUGCUCCGCAGUGAGGCGGGCGUUCACCGGGUCCAACGGGUUCCCGCAACCGAAAAAAAGGGCCGAACACACACUUCGGCGGUUUCGGUUCUGGUAUUGCCCAAUCUGCCCGAUACCAGUUCACCAGAAUCCGAAUUGGAUUACGAAGAUCCCAAUUCAGACUAUUAUAUUGCGCCGCAGGAUGUGCGGUCCGAAACGAUGCGGGCGCGCGGCGCGGGAGGCCAACAUGUAAACAAAACAGAUUCGGCGGUCCGGUUGACGCAUAUCCCCACGGGGAUUGUGGUUGCCAUGCAGGAUUCGAGGUCGCAGCAUAAGAACCGUGAUAAAGCGUGGCAGUUGCUCAGGGCCAAGAUUGCCCAGUUAAGGCGGGAGCAGCGGGAUGCCGAGGUCACUGCUCUCAGACGGUCUGUUAUGGGUGGUGUGGCGAAGUCCGGUAGGGAGGAUAAAGUGCGGACUUAUAAUUAUUCCCAGAAUAGGGUUACUGAUCAUCGAUCGGGGGCUGAGUCUUCGGAUCUUGAUGGGGUCCUCGCGGGUGAUGUUGCGCUUGAGAGGAUCAUGGAGAGCGUGAGGGAGUGGAUGGCGGAGAAUGAGGUUAGGGGGUUGCUUGCGGAGGAGCAGAUUAAAGCUAAUGCGAAGGCUAGAGAGGGUGAGGAUGGCAAGGAUGGUAAGAGUAAUGGGAAUGGGAAGAAAUAA